CAACCAUCCACAUCACCACAACUCAUUUCAUUUCAGGGAAUUCCAAAGCUUAACUUGGAAUGGAAAUCACUGAAGUUAUCUCAACCGACAGAACUGCAAUUGUCAUCCAAAUAAAUCCACAGGCAAAAGACUAUGCUGAUGAACAGGAGGCCAGAGGGACAUAUCACAAUUCAGCUCUUAAAGGAUUUUUCAAAGGACAACCAAAGGCACUGGGGACUGUACAGAUAAUGAUUGGAGUGAUGGUCUUCUCACUUGGUAUAGUAUACAACGCAAAUAUCAACAGAAUGGUUACUAUAUCUUUAGCUGCUGGCAUCAACUACUGGGGAUCCGUCAUUUACAUCAGUGCUGGAUCUCUGUCUGUUGCUGCGCAGAAUAAACUUCACCCGUGUGUAGUGAAAGCCUCUCUUGGAAUGAAUGUGUUCAGUGCCACAACUGCAACAAUAGCCAUUCUUCUGAUGGGCUUGGACUUCUUCAACCCACUGCCCCCUUAUCAUUGCUCCUACCACUAUUAUGGUGACGAUGACUGUGUAAUAUCUAAGGGAUUUGUUUUGGGGAUCAUUAUACUAUUGCUGGUGUUCUCCAGCCUUCAGUUCAUCAUCUCCAUCUGUAUCGCAGCAUUUGCCUGCAAAGCCACCAGCAAUAAUAACUCUACAGUGGUCAGCGUGGAACUAAACCAGAGAUACUGAGUGAGAAGAUCCUAGCGCCCAAAAUGUGCAACUGCAAGGAAUUAAUAUCUCAUAUUGUUACUUCUGGCUGAAGCAAGUUUUUUCUCUAGUGUUUCUAUCUGUAGAGAGCAAGCAUGUUGUACAUAUUUUAUAAUUAUUGAAAAAAGCUACCUCGAAACCCUGAUCAAACGUGAACAAGCAAAUCAAGGUCUUCAGGAUUUCUAAAAAAUGACAGGCAGGUGAGUUGAUCAGGGUUGGAGCUAAAGACUGCAAUGCCAUACAAUAGACCUUAAAGGCCAUAGUUGUGAAACCAUGUAUUUUGACAUUAUUUUUAUAUUGUUUUUAUAAUUUUUAUAUUAUUUGUAUACUAUUACAGCAGAUUGUACAAAUAACCACAGUAUUUACAUUGUUAAAUAUGUUCCUUUAAUAUGAGAUGUGGUUACAUGUCUAAAUCUGCACAGAAAAAAUAAA